CCUUCAGUAAGGACCCUCUCAAGGUGGAAACAAAAAGAAAAUAACAUUUCUUAUGUUGAUUUAGAUGCAACGGAAAACAAAAAUGUUCAAGAUACAUUCAAUAGCAAUAUGAACUCGUAUGCAUCAGAUCAAUACAACGAUAACGAGCCAACUGCUAGUAAAAUCAGUGAUCCAUCAGAUAGCAAUGAAUCAAAAUUUUACGAUGCUCGAAAUGAUAGAAUAAAUGAUGAUGACAAUUAUGCAGCGAAAGAAAAUGAAAUUGACUCCGACGAUGAUGAACAACAAGACAAUCAAAGUAUGCUAUUAUACGAAAAAAGUACUAAAAGCACUGAUAAAAGUGUUUUAUUACUCUUGCAAUUAUUUCUCGACAACAAAAUGAUAAAAACAUGCUUAAAAAAUACGCUCAAAGUAAUUUGCGACUUGUUACCGACACCUAAUAAUAUGCCGAGAACAGUAUUUAAACUAUUUCAAUACGUAGAAAGUCAAGCCCCUGUACGUGACGUCAUCAAACAUUUUUAUUGCAAAUCGUGUCAUUUUUAUUAUGGCGAUAAAAAUAAAUCGGUCCGCGAGUGUCAAGUAUGUUCAUCAACUGAACAUAAUGGUAUUUUUUACAAGUUGGAUAUAAUCGAUCAACUGAAGUAUUUAUUUUAGCAUGCACAUCUCAGUAAAUUGAUUAAGCCACCGCCCGAGUGGAAAUUGAUCUAGCCGUUUUAUUUUACAGCUAGUGAUUGUAUCACGCAGGCUAGAUAUAUUAUCUGACCAUUAACUAGCUCAGUAUUAGCUAUAAUUAACGCAUAAUUUUUUGCUAGCUAGUACUU